ACGACGUCGUAUGCCUCCUUUUCGCAGAAAAUCCCCGCAGCUACUCCGGCGGAAAACGCAGAGAGAGAAAUCCCUCCGUCUCUCUCUCUCUCUCUCUCCGUCUUUCUCCCUCGCACGGACACUCAAUUAGGGUUUCCAGACAGCGAGAACCGACAGAUCUAGAGAGAGAGAGAAUGGAUGAAUCAUUCUUGCUCAUGCUCUCAAACCUCCUCCACAUCCAGACCAACCUCGACCCAACCUCCUCCCUCCUCCCUUCCCCCACCUCCCCCUCCUCCUCCCUCCUCACCUCCUCCUCCACCUUCCCCCUCCUCUUCUUCACCAUCGCCUCCGUCCUCUCCUACCUUGCCUCCUCCCGCCCACCGCACCCUCCAUCUCCCCCCUCCCCCCCUCCCCCACCUCCCCCCACCUCCUCCUCCCCACCUCCCCCCUCCUCCCUCUCCGCCUUCCGCGCCCUCUCCACCGAACACAUCUGGUCCCUCGAACCCCCUCUCCGCGACGCCCAGUGGCGCUCCCUUUACGGCCUCUCCCACCCCGUCUUCACCACCGUCGUUGACAAGCUCAAACCCUACAUUGCCCAGUCCAACCUCUCUCUCCCCUCCGACUACGCCGUCGCUAUGGUCCUUUCGCGCCUCACCCACGGCCUCUCCGCUAAAACCCUUGCCUCCCGUUACUCCCUCGAACCCUACUUAAUCUCAAAGAUCACCAACAUGGUCACCCGCCUGUUAGCUACUAAGCUAUACCGUGAGUUCAUCAAGAUCCCCGCUGGCCGCCGCCGCCUCGGUGAAACCACCCAGGCCUUCGAGGAACUCACCUCCCUCCCCAACAUUUGCGGUGCCAUCGACGGAACCCUUGUCAAGAUCCACUCUCUCCCUGCAGAAAUUGACCCAUCUACCUACCACUGCCGCCAUGGAUUCCCUGCUGUUAAUGUUCAGCUAGUCGCUGAUCAUAAGAAGAUUUUCUGGGAUGUGUGUGUUAAGGCUCCUGGGGGAUUUGAUGAUGCUACCCAUUUGAGGGAUAGUCUGUUGUACAAUAGACUCAUGACAGGGGACAUUAUUUGGGAUAAGGUUAUGAAUGUGAGAGGUCAGAAUGUGAGGCCUUACAUUGUUGGGGAUUUAGGUUACCCUCUGCUCUCGUUUUUGUUGAAUCCAUUUACUUGGAGUAGGACAGGUACACCAGCUCAGAACGAGUUCGAUGAUGCAUUGUUGAAAGGGAGGAAAGUUGUGGAAGAAGCCAUCGGGUUGCUUAAGGGGAGGUGGAAGAUUCUUCAGGACUUGAAUGUGGGUCUGAAUCAUGCCCCUCAGACCAUUGUUGCCUGUUGUGUUUUGCAUAACUUGUGUCAGAUUGCAAGGGAGCCAGAGCCGGAGCUUUGGAAGGAGCCGGAGGAGAGUGGGCCUGUACCGAGGGUGCUUGAGAGUGAGAAGUCGUUUCAUUAUUUUGGACAGAAUGUGAGGCAGGCUUUGGCUGAUGAUUUGUAUCAGAGAUUAUCUAGGUAAGGGGUUCUUCUCUGAAGCUCAGGAUUUCAAAACCAUAUAUGUAAGAAUGUAGUUAUGCUGUUAACAUGAUUUAGAUGGGUUUUCCUUCUUUUGUUUGGGUUCCAGUAAUCUUUGUGAUUAGCAUUAGUAUUAGAUUUCACGUAGUUGGACUCCAAUUCCUGAAAGUAAUGUGUGUUUGUAGUUCAUCCGGAAAUUUGGGAUCAAAACCUAGGAAUGAUGUACUUUUACUUGGAUAAAGUGGCAAUGCUAAUCCGUCUUUUGUGUGAAA